CUGUGUGAUUUCAGAAUUCUCUCGAAAAAGUACCCAAUACUUGACAAAAACCGACUUUCUAUCUUUGGUUGGUCGUACGGUGGAUUCGUAGCCGCAAAAGCAACAGAGAUAGCACCGACUGGAUUCUUUAAAUGCGCCAUUUCUGUGGCUCCAGUGGCUAAUUUCUUGUUCUACGACGCAGCCUAUACUGAACGCUAUAUGGGAGACGCAGAAAAGGUAGCAUAUGAAAACGGUGAUAUCAUCAGAAAUGUCUCCAACUUCAAGAAUACUCAUCUCCUUCUUGCCCACGGACUAUAUGACGAUAACGUCCACUUUCAACACAGUGCACUCUUUAUGGAAGCUCUACAAGCGGCUGAUAUCGAAUUUGAUCUUAUGGUUAGUCGUCUGUUACUAUUAUAUUGA